AACCGGAUCAUGGGGCUCCCCAAGGGACCGGAGGCCCAGAGUCUCCCAGAGGUGGAAACACGUGAAGAUGAGGAACAAAAUGUCAAGUUGACUGAAAUUCUGGAGCUCUUAGUUGCAGCUGGGUAUUUCAGGGCCAGAAUUAAAGGCUUGUCACCUUUUGACAAGGUGGUGGGGGGAAUGACUUGGUGCAUCACCACUUGCAACUUCGACGUAGACGUUGAUUUACUCUUUCAGGAAAACUCUACAAUAGGUCAAAAAAUAGCUCUCUCAGAAAAAAUUGUCUCAGUUCUGCCAAGGAUGAAAUGUCCACACCAGCUGGAGCCCCACCAGAUCCAAGGCAUGGACUUUAUUCACAUAUUUCCUGUUGUUCAGUGGCUGGUGAAGCGAGCCAUAGAAACAAAAGAAGAGAUGGGUGACUAUAUCCGCUCUUACUCCAUAUCCCAGUUCCAGAAAACCUACAGUCUCCCAGAGGAUGUGUACAAGCCCCGUCGGAAAUAUAGACGCCAACAGGGAGCAGAGGAGCUACUUGAUGAAGAAUCCCGAAUCCAUUCUACACUCUUGGAAUACGGCAGGAGAUAUGGAUUUAGUCGCCAGAGCAAAACAGAAAAGGCUGAUGACAAGAAAACAGCCCUUUCUGCAGGACUCUCAGUAGCGGAAAAAGCUGAAGCCCAUGAGGAGGAUGAACUCCGAGCUGCUGAAGAGCAGCGUAUUCAGUCACUGAUGACCAAGAUGACUGCCAUGGCAACUGAGGAGAGCCGGCUCACUGCAAGCUCCGUGGGCCAGAUCGUGGGCCUGUGCUCCGCAGAAAUCAAGCAGAUCGUGUCUGAGUAUGCUGAGAAGCAAUCUGAGCUGUCAGCUGAAGAUAGUCCAGAAAAAUUAGGAGCUUCUCAGCUACAACGUCGGAAAAUCAUUUCCCUGAACAAGCAGAUUGUGCAGAAGACCAAACAUCUGGAAGAGUUGCAAGCAAGUCAUGCCAACCUACGAGCCAAGUUCUGUGAAAGAAAGAAAGCUCUGACAGAGUUAAAGAGUUACAGUGAGAAACUAGACAAAGAACAGGCAACCCUCGAGAAGAUAGAAUCCAAAGCUGAUCCAAGUAUCCUGCAGAACUUGAGAGCACUUGUGGCCAUGAAUGAAAAUCUGAAAAGUCAGGAGCAGGAGUUCAAAGCACAUUGUCGGGAGGAGAUGACACGGCUGCAGCAAGAAAUUGAAAUCCUGAAAGCUGAAGGAGCGCCAGGUGGAGAUGGAAAGACCCUGGCCGGUGGAGAGCUGCAUGGUGACCUGAGUCCUGCCAUGACUCAUAAUGAAGAUCUUGACAGGCGAUAUAGUAUGGAGAAAGAGAAACUUUACAAAAUCCGUUUACUACAGGCUCGACGAAAUCGAGAAAUAGCAAUUUUGCACCGCAAGAUUGAUGAAGUGCCCAGCCGAGCAGAGCUAAUACAGUAUCAGAAGAGAUUCAUUGAACUCUACGGCCAAAUUUCAGCAGUCCACAAAGAAACCAAGCAGUUCUUCACUUUAUAUAAUACCCUUGACGAUAAAAAGGUGUAUUUGGAAAAAGAGAUUAGCCUGCUGAACUCAGUUCAUGAAAACUUCUCACAAGCUAUGGCCUCCUCUGCUGCUCGUGACCAGUUUUUACGUCAGAUGGAACAGAUCGUGGAAGGCAUUAAGCAAAGUAGAAUGAAGAUGGAAAAGAAGAAGCAAGAGAACAAAAUGAGAAGAGACCAGUUGAAUGACCAGUACUUGGAAUUGUUAGAAAAACAGAGGCUCUACUUCAAGACUGUGAAGGAGUUCAAGGAGGAGGGCCGCAAGAACGAGAUGCUGCUCGCCAAGGUGAAAGCCAAAGCAUCCUGA